AUGAAGGGACAGGUGGAUAUUUUAUUUAAUAUUGGGUUUAAAGUUGGCCUGCAAUGGGGUCCCUGUGUAGAACAAUUUACCCCAUCCAUCUUACGAAAGCUAUCGAAUCUUAAGAAAAUGGUGAGGGUUGUGCUAUUGACUUUACUCUUCUUGAUUACGUUAGAUUCUUGCCAUGGUAAAUGCUCAAAUGUAAGCUCCAGCUUCAACACAAAUUUUAGAACCCUUUUGGAUUUGCUUACCAAAAACGCACCUCUUCGUAACGGAUUCUACGAAACAAGCGUCGGGAAUAAGUCAGAUCAAGUUUAUGGCGUUGUUCAAUGUAAAGCUAACAUAUCCUCGUCGAACUGUGCCAACUGUUUGAAAUCGAAUACUGAAUCCUUUGACGGGUGCCCAGAAGGCAGAAGCAUGGCUACUAUAUCCACUUUCUGCACUUUGAAGUUUUCCGAUGAGAAUUUCUUCGGAGUUUGGGAUAACUUCUCAUCAGCAACAUUUGGCCACAACGGAUUGGAUAAUCCAACGGUGUUUUCAAAAGGGUAUCUGAUGAUGCAAGAUUUAGCUAGCAAAGUUCCUGAUCAACCAUUGAUGUAUCAAGCAACCGAUGUUAAUGUUGGAGAGGAUGGGAAACGAUAUGGUUUGGCUCAGUGCAGUAGAGAUUUGAGCAAGUUGAAUUGUCAAAACUGUUUGGAGGAUCGAUUGGUGAAUUAUAGAUCUUAUGUUGAGAAUAGAACUGGGUGGGAGAUUCUUGGGAUCAGUUGUAGUAUGUGGUAUUCUAAUGUUUCAGACACUUAUUCUCCAGGAGUGACUGCUCUCACGCCAUCUGAGACUGAGAGUCACGUUCCAUCCGGUUUACCUACUGUUACUUCAGGAGGUUGUAAAAGCCAUGGACGAAGUGGAAUUUUGGGCAGCGUCAGCAUCGGCACUAGCAUUUUCACAGCUUUGUUAGCUAUACAAGUUUUCGAGAUGCUAUCGUGAAUCAUGCAGUAUCGGAUGCUAGAGUUACUUAUGCCAUAUGAACAAGUGCCAUGUCAAAUAAUAUCCACAUCAACUAACCGGCUAUAAUAAUGUUUCCUAUGACGAAUAUUAGAAAUUUUAUUUCAGUUGUAUAAAAUAGAAAAUUUACUUGAUCUUGAAGUGUGAAAUGAUAACUGUAGUCAGAAAGAAUCACUGCAUAAAUGAUAUAUGAUAACUGCUUGGAGCAUAUUCAUCCA